AUGGAGAAUGAUUCUUUACCAUUAUUAUCUGAUACAAAUGAACGUUUUCGUCGAAUACGUGAACUUGGCUCCGGAACAUAUGGACGUGUGCUAUUAGCAUUUGAUCGUGAUCUACAACAACGUUGUGCAUUAAAAGUUCUACCAAAGUCAACAACAAAAUAUCGUGAUUUUCAACGCGAAUAUAAUUAUUCAUUAUUGUUAUCACCACAUCGUUCGAUAAUAAGUACAUAUGAAGAUCGAUGUUAUCAAACAGCAGAUGCAUUCGUUAUUGUUCAAGAAUAUGCGCCAUUAGGAGAUUUAUUUGAAUCAAUACCACCACAACGUGGCUUACCAGAAAAAGCUGUUAAAACAAUCAUGAAACAAGUUUCUUCAGCACUCGAAUUUAUGCAUGAGAAAGGACUAGUUCAUCGUGAUGUUAAACCAGAAAAUGUUAUGAUAUUUGAUGCAGAUUUUCACAAAGUCAAAUUAAUUGAUUUUGGUAUGACACGAAAAUGUGGCUCAUACGUCAGACGUUUAAUUGGAAGUAUACCCUAUUCGCCUCCCGAAGUAUGUAGUGCACUAAAUAAUGAUAUACUUGUUUCAACUGCUAUGGAUGUUUGGGCAUUUGGUGUAUUACUAUUUUGUUGUUUAACAGGAAAUUUUCCUUGGGAACAUGCUCAAGAAUCAGAUGUUUAUUAUAAAGAAUAUUUACAAUGGCAUCGAAAUCAUCAAAAUCAUCAAAUAAAACGUCGAUACAAAUUACCAUCACAAUGGUAUCGAUUUACUAGCCAUUUAAUGAGAGUAUUUAAUAAGAUGCUAGAUCCGGAAUCAUUAAAACGAUGCCCAAUAACUGACAUAGGUAAAUAUUAUGAUUAUAGAUGGAUUCACGAUCAAAAUAAUUGUCGACGUUUAUCAAAUGAAGAUGAAGGUGUCGAAGAAGAUUUUUCAUCGUCAGAAAAUGGUAUAGAAAGUAAUGCAAUGACAAUAAGUGCAACAAGUAAUACUGAUUUUGAGGAACUAACACAAAUGAUGAGAAAUUCUCUAACUACAUUCGAUCAUAUAACAUCUGGUGAUAAUCAAAAAACCCUACCCACUAAACUUUUGUCCUGA